AUGGGGUCGGACUGGAGGCGGGGCUGCCAGCACCUGGCCGUCAACUACAGCAAGUUCUGGAGCCCGGAACGGGAACAGGCGCAGCGGUCGUCGGUGGCGAGGAAGGCAAUGUGCUGCCCCGCAAUAAACGGCGUGUGGAGGAGCCCGGCCCUCCACCGUUGUGGAGUGGACCAGCUUCAGCAGAUUGCACCUGACUGUGGCUUGGAAUUGGAUCUGUCCACUAACAACAGAACUUCUAAUAAGGCAGAAACUGAUUUCACAAAAAAUAGUAUAUCAGCAGAAGCCAGAGACAAGCCAUCGUACAGGGUGCUGAUCCAGAAACUAGCAGAGUUAAGCACGAUGGGAAAAGGCAGAGAGUUAAGGAAGCUCUACAAGCCUGAGCAAGAUUCAGAGCAGGUGUUGAAGAAAAACUCAACAAAUCAACAAAUGGAACAAGCUGUUGUCACCAGGAGAAGAGAAUGUUCAGUUGAGGCACUGGGGAAAGAGCAGAGAAACGUUUUAAUCAUUUCCGACCAGGACAAACUCAAACACUUGCCCAAUAGCCUCCAGACCUCCAGUCCGCAGCGCAACUUCCAUUAUCAUUCAGCCUUCCGAUCCCGUGCAUCUGCUUUGAACAACACUCAGGGAGAAGUCCUACCUGGAAGUGGUUGCCACCCGAGUGACGAUGACCCAAUCGACUCCUUUCACUACAGACCUAUUAAUAUCAAGAGAGAUAAACAGCAUUUCUUCUUCCCCCUCUGGAUUUUAAAACCUUCUGACAAUAAGGCAAGCUGCUCACAUGAUAACCAACCCUUUUCACAGCAGUCCUGUUUGGACUUUAGCCCAGAGGUUGUCAAAGCUGAUGACAUUUCUUCCAGCCGUAACAAUGAGCAAGAAAGCAAUCAAUACCCCUACCCGGACUUCCUGCCACCACCGUUCAACCGCAUAGACUUCAGUGAGUUGUCGUUGCUGGAGGACCAUAAAUGGAAGGAAGCUUUACCUGUGAGGCCCAACAGCCCCUUGGAACAGUUAAUAGAUCGCAUUGUGCAGAUGGAAAAGAUCCAGUUUCUCACCAUACAGAAGGAGCGAUGGAGAAAUUCAGAGAUGUCGCUGGCUGCUGGCACAAAGACCGGCUGCACAAGGAAAAAUACAAAGAGGAGCAGGAAGUCUCGGCGUAGUGACCUGAGCUGUCUGCAGCCACCGAGGGUCGAGGUCUGCUUUAAGAAGACCAACCCUGCCAAGUUGGACAAGCGCUUGUACCGAGUAGCUUCAGGUCACUCUUGCAAUGACCCCCUAGAUUUUCACUUCUCCAAUGAGGACCUUAAGUACAAAAGGUACCAUCGAACUAACUGCAGCGCCUACAAACGUUUCAAAAGGAGUGGCUCCAACCAAGUCAUUUUAAGCAGAAUUAACUCCAACCUUGCCAGCUCCCAAGCCUUUGCUGCAGUGAAAUCUAUGAAGGCCCUGGCUGUCCAAAAGUCUUCAAAUAGCACUCACUGUAAGUACAAGAAGAAACAGAAAUAG